CACCCUCCCCCGCCUCUCCCUGCAAUUUAGCGGGAUGGGACGUUCCGGAAGUUAAUCAAUCCGGUGUCAACACGUGAUCAAGUGGAGAAACGGUCUGGCGCGAGUGUCUGUGACGCCAUCUCGGCGCGACUCUUCAUUUUCUGGGAGUUUUCUGGCUGCUCUGCCGGAGCUAUGCCGAAAGUCGUGUCGCGGUCGGUGGUCUGCUCAGACACCCGGGACCGCGAGGAAUAUGAUGAUGGCGAGAAGCCCCUCCAUGUCUACUACUGUUUAUGUGGCCAGAUGGUCCUGGUGCUGGAUUGCCAGUUAGAGAAAUUGCCCAUGAGGCCCCGGGACCGGUCUCGCGUGAUCGAUGCUGCCAAACAUGCUCACAAGUUUUGUAACACAGAAGAUGAGGAGACUACUUAUCUUCGGAGGCCUGAGGGCAUUGAACGUCAGUACAGGAAGAAGUGUGCAAAGUGUGGACUGCCGCUCUUCUACCAAUCCCAGCCGAAGAAUGCUCCUGUGACCUUCAUUGUGGAUGGAGCAGUAGUGAAAUUUGGCCAAGGCUUUGGGAAAACCAAUAUAUAUACUCAGAAACAAGAGCCUCCUAAGAAGGUUAUGAUGACCAAAAGGACUAAAGACAUGGGCAAGUUCAGCUCUGUUACUGUGUCUACCAUUGAUGAAGAAGAAGAGGAGAUAGAGGCUAGGGAAGUUGCUGACUCUUACGCGCAGAAUGCCAAAGUGAUUGAAAAGCAGCUGGAGCGCAAAGGCAUGAGCAAGAGGAGGCUGCAGGAGUUGGUUGCAGGUGCUGAUGGUAGCAGUAAGUCUGUCGUUGUGGUAUUAGAGGGUGGAGACUUUCCGGAGCAGGAAUCUUUAUCACAUUCUGCGUAAGCAGACCGAAGUUCAGAAACGCACAGCAGCUUGUUCAAGGUCUCCCAACGAUACUGGAAAGGCCAGAAGUUUGUGGUCAGGCAGUCUGGUUGAUGCUUGGCCUCUCAUUUGGAUGGAACUUUUCUGGGCUUCCCCCACUGAUUUCCUUGCCCGCAUCCUUCCCUGAUUUGUUUUCUUUGGUCCAUAUAGGCCCCAGCUAGCAGCUAGAACAGUGAUUAGUCCCAUCCAGCGUCAAGGCAGAAAGGCAUUCUGUUAGCCAGGUGUCUUGCCUUUAGAGGAAGCAGAGAUCCCAUCAGUUGCCACAGGAAGCUCAUCAGUGAGCCUACCAAUCAGGCACCAUCAAAACCCGAUGCAGAUGAAGUACUACUGUUAGGAUACAUUCACUGACUUAGAGCAAGGGGACCUGGGGACUUGGCACUUUCUAGGUUAACCAGGAUAGGGCCAGCUCUCCAAUCAGGGCCAUUUCUAGUUGAUAUUGUAAUGAAGUUAAAGUCAGCUCACUGGGAGAACUAUUGCAUUUCAUUUAGUUUUCAAGAAAAAUGGAGCCGGGCAGUGUUGGCACUUGCCUUUAAUCCCAGCACUUGGGAGGCAGAGGCAGGUGGAUCUCUGAGUUCGAGGCCAGCCUGGUCUACAGAGUGAGUUCCAGGACAGCCAGGGCUACACAGAGAAACCCUGUCUCAAAAAACCACAAAAAGAAAAGAAAAGAAAAAAAUGGAAAGAGUUCCUCUUAAAGUGUUUGGUGCCAAAGGAAUAAAAAAAGCAAAGUCUCUGCCUUCUUGCGUUUUACAGCCUAGGAACAUUUAAAAAAUGUUUAUUGGUUGCUUUAAACACACACACACACACACACACACACACACAUACACACACCUAUGAGUUCAAGGCUAGCCUGGUCUACAUAAUGAGUUCCAGGCUGGUCAAGACUACAUACACAGUAAAGCCCUCAAAAAAAAAAAAAUUACCACACACGGACAGAGAGACAGACAGACAGAUAGACAGACAGAGAGACAGACACACACACACACACAUUUUCUCCUCACAUGCCUGUCCUCUUAACUUUGGUCAGGGUUGAAUUGAAGUACCUCUAGGACCUUUGACCUUUGUAUUUCUGAUGCCAAAGUGGUUUUGAACCUUGGGAUCAGCCUGUGCAGCUAAAUGUUUAACAGAUAAAUCUUAGGGGAAAUGUAUUUAUGUAUGUAUGUGUGUACAAUAAGUUAAUCACAAAUUAGCCGGCCAUGGUGACGCACGCCUUUAAUCCCAGCACUCGGGGGGGGGGGGGGGGGGAGGCAGAGGCAGGCAGAUUUCUGAGUUUGAGGCCAGCCUGGUCUACAGAGUGAGUUCCAGGACAGCCAGGGUUAUACAGAGAAACCCUGUCUCAAAAAAACAAAAAAAAAAAACAAAAAAAAAAAAAAAAAGUUAAUCACAAAUUGAGUUCCUAGACCAGAGACCAGAUGUAUACUAUACAAAUAUCAUAUAAUAGGCAUAUACUAUUUGUUAUAUGUUUUUUAAUAUGAUUCUCACAAAAUGCUUUCUUUUUUGCCAACUCAUUUAUCUGUAGUUGCAGUAGAUCAAUACAGUUCUGCCGUGAAUAUUGGUUGAUACUUACAUUUAUGUGCGAACUGGAAAAGAUAGAAGAAUGUCAUUUGUCAACAAUGAAGGCAAUUUCUUUGAUAAAUAGGCUAAGGAUUUUCAAACACUAGGAGCUAGUUCCCACACACACCUCUCUCUCUCUCUCUCUCUUGUUUAUUCAUACUGUAACAACAUAUGGCAAACCUUUUGGUUUAGUCUGAAUAAUGUUUCCUCCCAUUACUUUCUUAGAUUUAGUCAGCAGAGCAUUGAGGCAGAUUCUAGUUUAUAGCUUUCACAGAUUGUGAGCUUUAAAUCUUGCUACCAUACCUAAUUUCAAGCUGACCUUUUCAAUGCAAUGUUCAGGAAAGAGGCAAUUGCCCAUCAGUUUACAUUUCAGGCUCGUGGGUAAUAAUACACUGUAGUAAAAUGAUUAGGAAGUGAUGAGCUAUAGAAAUUAAUCAUCUUGGUUUUUAAUAGGAUUUUAAUUUUAUGUAUCUCUUUUGUUUUUCUAUUUUGGCAAUACUAGAGAUUGAGUCCAGGACCUUGAACAUGCUGUUGAAAUACUUUCCCCAGGAAUUCCAUGUAUAUUUCUUCUUUUCUUAUGUAUAUGGUAUAUGUGCAUGCUUAUAUACAUGCUUGCAUUUGUGGGAGUGUAUGUGUGUCUGUCUGUCUGUCCGUCCGUCCGUCUAUCAAUCAGUCUGUGAAGGCCUGUGGUUGACAUCUGAUGUCUUCCUCAGUCUUUCUAUACUUUAUACAUUGAAGCAGACUCUCUCACUGAAGCUAAGCUCACAGGUUCAUCUAGUCAGGCCAGCCGACUUGUUCCAGAAACUCACUGCCUCUGCCUUCUGUGGACUGGAAUUUACAGGUGAACCACCGAACCUUUUAAAUGGAUUCCGAAGAUUCAAAUUCUCACCUUUAGCUCCUUACCUGAUGAGACACCUCCUCAGCCCUCAUGUGGAUUUAGUAACUGUGUUUAACUGGUUAACACGGUUUCUAAAAAAUGUAGCAAUCAGUUGUCAUGGGCCAAGAGGAAAAACCACACCUCCAUGACCAAGUACCAUUCUAGAUCCCUAAUGACACCUCCUCCCUCCAACUUCCCUUUACCAUUCACUCAGGACCCUCCAGUCUACUGCCUUGGAUGGCUUAGAUUCUAGAGUUGACCCAGCUGGCACCAAAGCAUCACUUCCACCUUGUAUGAGUGUGCUGAGAAUCAACUGGCAACAGAGGUCCUCCCCUGGGUUGGCAGUCCCUUUCUGACUAGGUGGAACACACUUGCCCUGAUUCUGGGAGGCACAUCUGGCAAGCACUCAAGCCUAAAGAGAAGAAGAGAAACGUAGGAGGAAGUCCAGAGCACAGUAGCUUAGCCCUUUGUCCAUUUGGCCAUGCUCCAGGCUGGGCUGUAAUUGAUAGCUGAAGGCUUUCCAGAGAGUCUGGGAAUACUGAAGACUAUAGGCCAUGGGGUGGGGCCAGUGCAAAUCCUCUUAUUCUGUCUCUAAGGUGUUACCCAGAGCCUUGGAACCCUACUUCUGGGGGUGAUUCCGUGUUAAUCCUUGGAGGGUACCUUUCUGUUCUGAUUUUUUUGUUUGUUUGUUUGUUUGUUUAGUUGAAACAGGGUCUCACUGUCUCUCAAGCUAGCCUGGAAUCCACAACAGUACUACUGUCUCAGUUUCCCAAGUACUGGGAUUACAGGUGCAAGCCAUGUUUUGAAAUCUACACUUUAGUCCUUGGUUACAUUGAGCAGAAGGAGUGGGUAGCCAUGAACCUUUAGGUCUGUAGUUGAGCCUCUUGCUGACUGAGCCAGGAUUGGCCUAACGUUUCCUAGUGGAAAACCACCCAGCAUUCUGUCCAUUCUCUGUGUGUAAGCUUUGCAUGAACUUGAAGGCUAUAUAUACCAAUCUUUUCUCCUUAGGUAACCUGUGGGCAGCUGAUCAGAUGGGAGUGCUCCCGUGCAGUUUGGGUCCAUGUUUUCAUGUCUUUCUCUGAUAUUAUUGUGCAGAUGAGUGUUCAUUGUUGGCACCUAGGCUGAAAGGUCUCUGUUGGUAUAGUCCCCAGCUCCACCCUAUACCACACUCAGCACAAAGGUCAGCCCUUGGUGACUGAAUGAAUCAACCAGUCCAAACCUGGCUGACAGUAGGAUUUCUUUCUAGCAAAAAAAACAGAGCACAGUGCAGAAUCCUGCAUGGGAGCCUUCCUGGACGGGGAGAAUCCUUUUUUUACUGCUAACACUUGGAGGAAGGGGGACCUUCCCACACACUCACUAGUGUUGUCUCUCUCUCUCUCUCUCUCUCUCUCUCUCUCUCUCUCUCUCUCUCUCUCAUAAACAGGUUUUUAUGAACCAGAUGGUCUAUAACCAGGAAGUUCAGGUGCCAAUAAUUUUUCUCUCAUCCUUUCUCUACUGCCCACCCCGCCCCCAGGCAUGCUGCUGUACCCCGUGUCUCGGGAGGCUGGCAGAAGUGCUGACCGGGCUCCAUUCGCUCUUGGCAUCAGCCUGAGAACAUCCUGUGCAGCUGAGAGGGUGGUGAUCCCUCUGUGUAAUACACAGGAUGGAAAGUGACCAGGGUGAGGACACAGAUAUUAAAGGGUCAAUAAUGCUCAGAAAGGAAAGGCUCAAACCUCAAUAGAAAUCAGAAACCGUUCGCCGGCUGCCAAGACCUGCCCAACACACACAUCCCAGGAUUCACACAGCCUUCUAGCACAUGCCUUUGCCAAUGCUUCCAGGGCAUCUGGAAGAGUGGAGGCCUGAGAUGAGGUCUCCAGAAAGGCAUGACUCUGCAUUUUAGUGUCUAGAACCCGGAUUCCCAUUGUCUUUAUGCUUGUAAAUAAUAAUGAUUAAAGUGAUGUGAAAUCAC